AUUCACUCACCUUGUGUAAAUCGUUUUAUAAAGAAGAACACAAGUUUUGAUACAUUUAUUUAAUAUUUCUGCCCUAUAAGGUGGGGACAAUCCCCAAAUUGCCCCUGAUAAAAAAUGGUGAAUAAUGGGCGGGUAGGUCCUUGUUUGAAUUAUUAAAAUGAGAUUAAACACUACUCUGUUCACUGUGGGGAGGGAAACACUAACGAUUGUGCUCAGGAAUUGAAAUAAUAACCCAUUCCCAGCCUCGAAAUAUUCAACUACCUAAGCAUCUUCAUUCGGCUUUCAUUAAUCAUAUGUUAAUAAUUAAAAGGUGGAUUGAUUGUGAGAGAUAAAUCAUAGCUGGAAGAGGAGAUAUUUUAGCGGGCAUCGUGUCUGUUUAUAACAUUAGUGUCUGAGACCAAUGAUGUACUAAAGCAACGUGUCACACUGCUGUGGCGGGGGGAGUAUACAUGUUACUUCCCUUCCAUUUAAAGGUUACUUCUAUCAGUGUUGGAGUAGUGGGGUUUAUUUAUUAAUGUUAUGUUUGCGAUCAAAUAAAUACAAUGGGCCUGGUGUGCUUGCGCCUUAAAAAUACAACAGCUUAUUUAGAUUUACUCUGGAUCACAGAGUCAGUCGGUAUGGGUGGUUGUGCUAUGAUACUUUAUAACGCCAAAGCAAUCAAAUAAGGCCGUAUGAUUUUCCUUACAUCCAAGAGUGUCGAAUUUAUAAACGCAUUUUUAAGAUAAUGCCAAUGUACUUACUGUUAUGGAGGAUGUCGACACGUAUGAUGACACAAGGCGUGACUUUUUCAGCUGAGGGAAAGUGUCAUUUAUUUUCUCGAUUUCAAAGCAUUGUCAUGGUUGUAUCAUCAUCAUCAACCUUACAUCAUUAGAUUUCAUAAUUUACCCAUGGGGUAGGUUCUCUCGCCAGGAGCUGUUCUUGCAGGAGGUACAGGUGUGCUGUGUUUUGGGAGAUGCAACAUGUCGAGUAGAGAGCCAGUUGUGCAACGCGAGCGGGGCACCCUGUCCAUCUGCAACAAGCUGUGCUACGCGGUCGGCGGAGCGCCCUACCAGAUCACAGGAUGUGCUCUCGGCUUCUUCCUGCAAAUCUACCUGCUGGACGUGGCUCAGCUGGACCCCUUCUAUGCUUCCAUCAUACUCUUCGUGGGGCGGGCCUGGGACGCGGUGACCGACCCCACCGUGGGCUUCCUGGUGUCCCGUAGCCCCUGGACCCGCUUUGGACGCAUGCUCCCCUGGAUCAUACUGUCCACACCUCUGGCUGUGAUCUGCUACUUCCUCAUCUGGUAUGUCCCACCGUUUGAGGAUGGGAAGGUCAUCUGGUACCUGGUUUUCUACUGCCUCUUCCAGACCCUGCAGACAUGCUUCCACGUGCCCUACUCCUCCCUCACCAUGUUCAUCACCUCGGAUCAGAAGGAGCGGGACUCGGCCACUGCCUACCGCAUGACCAUUGAGGUGCUGGGGACGGUGAUCGGUACAGCCAUCCAGGGUCAGAUCGUGGGCAUGGCCAACGCCCCCUGUGUGCCCGUACUCAACGGGGUCCCCGCCGAGCUUGGGGGCAAUGCCUCCUCCGUCCUGUGGUCCCAACCGGAAUCCAACUCCAGCAUUCCCGGCAUCUCUCUGGAUGACACGAAAAACGCUUACAUGAUCGCUUCUGGCAUCAUCUGUGGCAUCUACAUCCUCUGCGCCAUCGUCUUGUUCUUUGGCGUCCGCGAGAAGAAAGAAUCCUGCCGCCCCAGGUCGGAGCCCAUGUCGUUCUUCCAGGGCAUGAAGCUUGUGAUGGGACAUGGACCCUAUGCCAAGCUGGUCAUGGGCUUCCUAUUCACCUCACUGGCGUUCAUGCUGCUGGAGGGGAACUUUGCAUUGUUCUGCAGCUCCACGCUGGGCUUCAGGGACGACUUCCAGAACAUUCUGCUGGUCAUCAUGUUAUCCGCCACCCUGGCCAUCCCCUUCUGGCAGUGGUUCCUGACGCGGUUUGGCAAGAAGUCGGCCGUUUACUUUGGCACCUCGUCGGUGGUGCCCUUCAUGAUAAUGGUGGUGUGUGUCAAGAGCAGCCUUAUCGUCACCUACAUCGUGGCCUUUGCGGCCGGCGUCGGUGUGGCCGCCGCCUUCCUACUACCCUGGUCCAUGCUGCCCGACGUGGUGGAUGACUUCCAGGUAGCCAACCCGGACUCUGUGGGCCAUGAGGCCAUCUUCUACUCCUUCUACGUAUUCUUCACUAAGUUCGCCUCCGGAGUCUCCCUGGGCAUCUCCACGCUCAGCUUAGAUUUCGCCGGGUACAUCACCAGAGGCUGCAGUCAGCCGGCCGAGGUGGACCUGACCCUGAGGCUGCUGGUGUCGGCCGCCCCCAUCGCCCUCAUCCUGGUGGGUCUGCUCAUCUUCCGCUCCUACCCCAUUGACGAGGAGAGGAGGCAGGGCAACCGCAAGCUGCUGCAGGAGCUACGGGACCAGGAGGCCGAAUCCGAAUCGGACUCCACAGAGCUGGCAAACAUGGCGUAGAGCAUCCCGGCAGGAGGACCCAUCCGGCGACCAGCUGUUUGCACUGGGCGGGGGCAAAAGAGGAGCACGGCCCGGCGGGACACCGACUCGUGAUUUGACUUUGAUAUCGAUAACCAAACGCUGCCAGGGAUACAGCCACAGCGAGGCCUUUCUCAGAGCUGUGCCCUGCCAUCAUCAUCAUGGUCAUAAUUAAGUUUGCCAAUCUUGGGUCGAAGUCCAACAUAAAGUUGUCAAUGUGCUGGUUAUGACUCUGAUAAAGUAGCAAAAACCUUUGAAAUGUGACGGCCGCGGAGGACCCAUUUUAGGGAUGUUGGUGUAGUUAAGUUGGUAGGUGUGUUUUGAGAACGAGAGGAAUCAUCAAAUACCGUUACAUGCCAUAUUCUAGCCAAACGCCAUGUCCUUAAUAGAUGCACUACAAACAACGAUGCACUACCCAUGAGAGGUGAGCGUUGUAUGAAACUUGAACAACUCUCAAAUGACGCCUUACUUUAUGAUCUUUUUGUAUUUUAUUUGUUUCUUAUUUGACAAAGUCCAUGUGACGAUGACGGUUUCCUACACCGCCGUUGAUAUUUCGAGUACUUUUCGACCUUAUGAGUCCACCGCCGUUUUUAUUUUUUGUAAGGGUCGGAUCUAUUUGUAUGUUUUGAGUACAUCUAAUUGAAGGAAAGCAGUCCACCUGGUUCAAUCCCAAACUGAAUUCCCUUGCGUUGAGUUGAAGCGGCAGUUGGGUCUGCGGCCUAUUUUAAUGGAACAUGUUAGUUUUAGGUUGACUGUCAAGUCUGUUCCGGUAUCAGCAACGCGCUAUUGUACUCCACCCUUGUACUGAAACCACUACAAUAGGAACACUACUUUGCACACUAUCGAUAACCGACAUUAACUGUUUCCAACACAAAAUAAUAUUCAUUAUUUAUAGCAUGGCUUCCUAGUACUAUGCGUUGAGUCCAGGGCUCUUUAAUUAGUUUACUUUAUGUAAAAAGAAAACAAGUGUCUAACUAAAACCAGUGCUCAUAAUGUCCUUGCUAGUUGAGUCACAAUUUUUAUUUUGUUUAUUCAGCGUUGCUGAGUUUUCCUAAUUAAUGCAGUAUUUAACUUAUUGAAGAUGUGUAGUAUUGACUGGAGGAGUUUCAAAUUAUGUCUGUAUGAAAGAAGAUUAAUAUAUGGUUUUGAGUUGCCAAAUCCAUCCGCCAACAAAAAAGGAGACAUUUUUAAUGCUUCAAUUCACACAAGACUUUUUAACGCAUGUUAAUGUUGUAGUUGGUGCUGCUUCACAUACUCUCUGAAAAGGGAAGCGCAGAGAGAAAAUAGUUUUGAGUUGAAUGAUUGUGUGUGUGUGUGUCUAUCUGCCAACUACUUUGUACAAUUUAAGAGAAUUAAUGGGAUGCUGUGACAUUAUCACUCGAUGCCAUAUAAAGAAAUUACAUUGAUUUCAUAUCUUUUGAUAUGGAUUAAGUUUAUGUACAGUGUCUUAUGUUAUACAUAAUGUCAUUUGUGGACAACCAGUGAAAUGUUAAAUCAAACAUAUUUUGUAAGACGUGAUUUAAUUUUUUACAUUUGUAAAUUACUCCUAAAAAGUCCUUGUUAAAGUAUUGUCAUUUUCCUCAAUUUGAGGCUGCUGACUUUGAGCUUUAAUCAAAUAGGAAACCACACAAGCCUUGUGUACAUGCCUCCUGUGGACAUAUGUAAAUACUGUAUGUAUAACUGUAAAUACCCUUGAUAUUUGUGGCAGCAUGUGAAAUAAAGGUAUGUGUUCACUA